ACAGAUAACGUGAAUGCUCAAGAGGACACAACAUACUCUUGAUCAGCUUUUAUCAGAGGAGAGUGGAGGAAAGAGAAAAAAAUUUUAAUAAGAUGUCUCUCGUGGAUUUUUGGGUAGUGCUGGGGGGUUGUUUGACUGUGUGUCUUGCAGCACCUAUUGUUACACAGGAGGCGGGAAACCCAGCUCAGGUGACUAGUGUUGAGGUGAAGACUCUUCGGUGUGGUGUGCCAGAUGUCAGCAACUACGAACACUUCUCUGGAACUCGCAAAUGGGAGAAAAAUCUAAUCACAUACAGGAUCACUAGGUACACUUCAGAUCUGACCCAGAGUCAGGUGGAUACAACCAUUGCUCAAGCCUUCCAGCUCUACAGUGAUGUCACCCCACUGGACUUUAGACAGGUCCACGACGAUACUGCGGACAUCAUAAUCCUCUUCCAGGCCAGAUUUCAUGGGGACUUUUACCCUUUCGAUGGGCCGGACGGAGUCCUUGCUCAUGCUUACAAACCUGGACCGAGUGAUGGAGGGGAUGCACACUUUGAUGACGAUGAAACCUGGAGUCUUACCGAAACAGGUGUGAAUCUACUGCUGGUGGCGGCCCAUGAGAUUGGCCAUUCUCUGGGUCUUGAUCAUUCCGAUGACAGCCAAGCACUAAUGUUCGGUCAUUAUAAUUACGUCAACACCAUCGGAUACAGGCUGCCAGAUCAAGACAGGCGAAGGAUUCAAGCCCUUUAUGGAGUGAAUAAUAAUAUUAUGGCAUGCUGCUUUACAUUCUUUGCUGGAAGGAUGCCAAGGCAACAAAUUAUCUCCAUCACCAAGACACACAGAACAUGUGCUCAGCAGGGAUUUGUGGUCACUACUGCUAGAGGGAAGAUCUGUGUUAGCCUGAAUCAGACCUGGGCACAGGAAGCUUUUGCUAACCAGCAAAUUGGUCAUCAUAAAUGAUCUCCAGCUGCUCAACCUCUGGCCAUGAUAAAGCUCCGUCUGAUGUAAACUAUUGAGGGAAAUUCCUAUGAUAAUCCUGGUUUUCCGAUAUGAUCCUACUACUACUACUAUCAAUACAUUUGUCUUGUUAUGGAUUCUUGAAAAGAAUAAUUAUAAAUAUAUAUAAAAAUGAAUUGAAUGUCACUUAAGUAACUGUCACAGAUUUGUGAAAUAUUUAAAUGCAUUUGAUUUUUUAAAUUGGCAGUGGGUCCAUAAUGUAAGUGUGUAAUUUUAGUCUUUAACUUUUCAUAUCUUACAAAGAAGAGGAGCUGCACACAAGUCUAGUAUAGCUUUGACUUCACACUGAUUCAAUGUCUAAACAUUAAAUCCAGACAAGUCAUUAAUAAGUUGAGGUAACAAAACAUUCCAUGUUCGCUUGCCUAGGGGUUGGAAGAAUAAAUUAAUUAAUUCAA